AUGUCGACCGUUGAUACUGCGACAUUGCCCACCGGCGGCGUGACGCCGUAUCUGUCAGCCCGUAACGUGCUUGGCCUCAUCGCCAUCUGGCUGGUCUAUCAUGUCCUCAAGGCCCUCUACAACAUCUCGCCGCUGCACCCGCUGAGCCAUAUCCCCGGGCCCAAGCUGUCCGCGGCCACGUACAUCCCGGAGUUCUACUACGACGUUAUCCUGUUCGGACGCUACACGAGCGAAAUCCGUCGCAUGCACGAGCAGUACGGCCCGAUCGUCCGUAUCAGCCCGCACGAGGUGCACUGCAACGAUGUCAACUUCGCGGACGAGAUCUACGCCGUCAGCGGUCGCAAGCGUGACAAGCCCGUCCACCAGAUCAACGGCUCAGCUCUGGGCGAGUCUGGCUUCGGUACAGUAGACCACGACGCUCAUCGUGCGCGCCGCGGCCCCCUGGCCAAAUUCUUCUCCCGCAGCAUGAUUGCGCGCCUCGAGGGCGACGUCCACUCCCUGGUCCAGAGACUCUGCGACAAGCUGCUGGCCGAGAGGGAGCGCCAGAUGCCGUUCGACGUCGCCAUGGCGUACAGCUGCUUCACCUCGGACGCCAUCUCCGGCUACGCCUUCGGCGAGAGCUUCGGUUUCCUCACGCAGGAGGGUUGGUACCCCAACUUCCGCGCGCCGACUGCGGCCAUCCUGCGACCCGUAUUCAUCUUCCGUUUCUUCAACUGGACCAAGCACACUGCUGUCCUUGGAGAGUGGCUCGUGGACUACCUGCCCGCCGACAUGGCUCUGCUCAUCCGAACGCUGAAGUUCGACCUGCCGAACAAGGUCAAAAACACCAAAGCCGACCUCGACGCCGGCAUCCGCCGCGAGCGCCCCACCGUCUUCGGCUCCCUCCUCGAAUCCGAACUUGAGUCAAACGAAAAGAGCUCCCUUCGACUGGCCGACGAGGCCGCCGCCGUCGUCGGUGCCGGGACCGAGACCACCAGCUGGGCGCUGGGCGUCAUCACCUACCACCUCCUCACCAAGCCCGAGCUGCUCGCGAAGCUGCAGGACGAACUCGAGACCGUCGUCGACGACCCAAAGCACCUCCCCAGCUGGACCUCCCUCGAGAGCCUGCCCUACCUCGGCGCCGUUCUCCAGGAGGGCCUGCGCCUGUCCUACGGCGUGUCCGCGCGGACGGCCCGCGUCCCGACCGAGGAGAACCUGGUGUACCGCGGCGAGUUCAACAAGAAGCCCGUCGAGUACGUGAUUCCCCGCGGCUACGCCGUCGGCAUGUCCUCCGUCAUCACCCACCACGACGAGAGCGUCUUCCCCGACUCAUACCAGUUCAUCCCCGAGCGCUGGCUGGACGAGAACAACCAGCGGCGCAAGGACGUCGAGAAGGGCAUGCUCGCCUUCUCCAAGGGCAGCAGAUCCUGCCUCGGCAUGAACUUGGCUCUGUGUGAGCUCAACUUGUGCCUUGCGGCCCUGGCUCUGCGCGUUCUGCCCAGCAUGCGUCUGUACGAGACCACGGAUGAGGAUGUUGCGUACGACCAUGACAUGUUCAUCCCUGUGCCCAAGUCGGGGACCAAUGGCGUGCGUGUGAAGAUGGUCUGA